AUGCCGCUCGUCACUUCGCUGCUGUUCCGCUGCGCCACUGAGAGUGAGGCAGAAGUGAAUCCCAAAGCUUACCUGGCUGAUGCACAGCUCACCAAAACACUGCUGGAUCUCGUGCAGCAAUCCUGCAACUAUAAGCAGCUGCGCAAGGGAGCCAAUGAAGCCACCAAAACACUGAACCGAGGGAUAGCGGAGUUCAUUGUGAUGGCAGCAGAUGCGGAGCCCUUGGAGAUCAUCCUGCACCUCCCUCUUCUCUGUGAGGACAAGAAUGUACCUUACGUGUUUGUGCGCUCCAAGCAAGCCCUGGGCCGGGCAUGUGGUGUUUCCCGGCCCGUCAUCGCCUGCUCCAUCACCAUCAAGGAGGGAUCACAGCUAAAGCCUCAGAUCCAGUCUGUGCAGCAAGCUAUAGAAAGACUGUUGGUCUAAAUGCCCAUGAGUUGAAGUGUGUGUGGAAUAGGAAAGCUGAAGUCAGGGGAAUUAAUAUCUAGCUUCAGUUGAAAUUACAGUUUUUAUAUCAAUGUUUCAUUCAGAACACCACAGUUUUGUUUACUAAUGGCUUAAUUCUUAGUGUUUCUGCCUUUCAUCCCCCCCUCUUUUUCUAUUAUUCCAUUCCAGCACAUUCAUUCUCAUUGUAUUACUUCUUGAAAAGUGAUUGUACAACUGUAUUUCCUGUUUAAUGUCUAAAAGAAAGGAAAAAAAAAAAAAAAUCCCUCCUCCAUGUUUGCCUGCUCAGGGCUUUUUAACCCACCCAGGAGCUUCCUCUGUGCUGCAGUAUUUCUGCUAAGCUUCAGCCUCUAACAGGUAUGAGUAACUGUGUUUAUGAAUUGUUGGUUCCCCACACGGUGUGUGCAUGCAGACUGCUGGAGUUGUUGCUUAAAGUGAUGGAGCAGCACAGACCAUGCAUAAGGCAGGCAGCGGCUACUGUGUGGCAGUGGACGGAGCCAAGAUCACACAUAGCACAACCCUUUUUCUUCUUGAAACCAGACAAGAGACUUCUGUAAGAGGUAUAGGAAGGAGCACAAAUCUUAUGGCAGUCCACAAGGGGAAAUCUCUUAUCUCGCUUACUUUUAAAUACUGACUUUUUAAUAAAAAUAAAAUUGCUGACAAAGAUAAACAUAAUUGUCAUUCCCUUUGGGAAGCAUUUGCAACUAAUGGAAGUGUUUCUACUUGUAACUCUAAACUGUUCAGAGAUUGCCUAAAGGCUAUUGCAGUGUAGUAGUUCAUACUUAAGUACAAAGAGAGCAGCCUGCUGUGGCUGACAAAUACCCUACCAUGUGUGCUUUUAGGGAAGCUGCUGUACUGUAGUCACCUGACUGAAGAUGAACCCUUUAAGUCAUGGCCAAGACAACAGAGAGCAAGUAUUUCUUUCAUAUAAAUCAAGAAAAGGAUGCUAGAUGAUCUCAUGUUCUUGAAAAGUGUGAUGUACCACCAGCAUUGUGGAUUAGUGGUGGUUUUGUGGAGCUAGCUUUCGUUAAAUGCAUAGUGUAUAAUAAAUCCACUUAUUGCUCUGAGCAGAAGAGUCUAAACACUAUUGGAAAGGGUCAUAUCAAACCUGUAUUCUAUUGCAGGAUGCCAAAGCAAAGCUAGUGUGGAAAGACCCAUAGGUGCAAUAGCACAAGGGAAAGUGGGUUCUCCUGUAAUGUUUCCAUAGAGACACUAACUUCAUACCUUUGGUAAGUACAUCCCAAGCAGAUGAAAUCAGCUCGUGAAAGACUGAAGACAAAGCAUGUCUGUAUAUUUUGUAAAUGGUUGAUAACUAAUAUCCUUGCUGAGGUGAACUUAACACAAAGGUUUUAGCGUCCUUUCAUUUGUAUGAAGUUUAGAAAGGCUGCAGUUCCCUUAUACUGAUGUUGACUGUUGAGCUGGUUGUGUUUUAAAACCACAACUUUGCAAAGAGUUUGCCCUGUUGUACCAUGCCAGGACAGCUGAUGUAAGGCAACACAUAAAGAGCAGAAAUAAAGGAUUCUUGAGCAAGUGA